AUGGAUAGUGACAAGCCGCCCGAAAGAUCCUCCUUGCCUCCUGCACAUGUUGAUGAGGACAUCUUAAUGGCAUAUUCUGAUUCGGCGACCUCCGAAACUGAACCUCCUGUUGACUUUGCAAAUAUGCCUCCCCGUGUUAUAGAGAGGCGUCCUAGGGAUAUCCGAAGCAAUGCAGUCGUUGAAUACCAGACCUAUGCCUCGGAGCGCAUUGAAAGAUCAUCCAGGGCAACCCCACAAAAUCCUCCUCCGCCAGUGUCGACGAAGAUGGUCGUGGACUCAUGGAUCGAUCAAACCAAGAUCUCCCAAGUUGAAGAGAUAAUCCUCUUCGAUAUCAAAACUUAUCCACUUCACCCCGACGGGCAAACUCCGGGUUCAUACAAAACUGCUAGUCGCGAUGUUGAGCUACUCACACUGCUAGGAGAUUUUCCACUACGCUUCUACGGUGCUCGUCGUGCCUGCUAUAUUGGGGAUGUCGGUUAUCCUUUGGAUCUUUGCCGCAGUGUCGAAUGCGCCGUCUGCUCGGUUUUCCAGGAGCAGUAUACAGCCAGAAAAGCAGGUAUAAGAUUUGAAUUGGGCGCCGGAAUAGUCACCAGCCCCAAUUCCUCCCAAGCCGAUGUAUUUGCAACAAACCACCAUAUCCACUCGCCUCAGCAUGCCAUGAUACUCUGUGCAUCCCCCAAUAUUGCACAAUCAGAUACCCAGGCCACGUCUUCAGAUGCCCCUCCUCCGUACACAGAGUUUCCCUCUCUCGGUACAGUUGUUGUUCCGAUCGGACUGAUCAUGUAUACUCGGACGGGGUGGUAUCCUUCGUAG